ACCCUGAAUUUUCCUAGACAAUUAUUCAACCCCACCCGACGCGUCCUACAGCGCGUCUUCAGUCGGAACUCUUGCACGUUCACACGCACACUUCACCAACAUGUACCUUCCACGGGGUCUCAUAGCCCAACUCUACCAGAAACUCGUAAAACGGAAUCAUGCUGCAUCUUCCCCCAUACUGCUCCUCGUGGGCCUCGAACCAGACGCGCUGUGCGCUUGUCGUAUCCUCACCGCGCUUCUCAAACGCGACUAUAUACCCCACAAAAUACAACCAGUCUCCGGCUUCAACGAUCUGAUCUGCGCGGCAGAUGAUCUUGUAAAACCAAUGCGAACAUACUCCGGUGGAAGUGGUGGCCUUGUCGUAUGUCUAGGUGUUGGCGGCAUGGUUGAUCUGGAAGAGAUGUUUGGCCUGGAUUAUAACGACGAACUGGGAAGCAGAGGGACUGGAGAUGUCGAGGUCUGGGUCAUGGAUGCGCGGAGGCCAUACAAUCUUACCAACGUGUUUGAUGUGCCUGCUGAGCUAGACGCCGAAUCUGGCGAGUUGGUGCGGAAGAUCCCGGGUAUAGAUAUGGGACGAUUACCAAAAUCAUACCAAUCAACGAGAGGAGGCAUUAUUGUGUUCGACGAUGGUGACAUUGAAGAGGAAAUGAAGGCAGAGCAGGAGGCCUACUGCGAGUUGAGCGAGAUGCCGGAGGUGGGAGAUGAAGAAGAAGAUGAGGACGACGACGAAGAAGACGAGAUGGAUGGGUUGGAUGCUCCAAGCUCCGGUCAGAAGAGGUCACUGCAAGACGAUGAAGAUGCAGAUAUGAGUGAUGACGACGGUCGUCCCUACCAACGGAGGAGAAGCAAUUCGGGUGGAUCAAUACCAUCACCACGAGAAAGGAGACCUCCGCGGCACGGCCUCCGAAUCUUGGACGGCUCCUCAGAUUUCUCGCGCUCAGAUUCACGUAGUCGAUCUACGUCACCGGUCACCACAGUCGCACCAAAACCUCCAUCUAUGAGAAAGCUCCGACAGGAGCUUCGAGCGCGAAGGACGAAGUAUAAUGAGGUUAUUGAGGGAUACUACGACUCGGGCAAUACCUACUCAGAACCAGUCUCAUCGAUGAUCUACUCCUUGGCUUCUGAACUUGGACGCGAGGAUAACGAUCUUUUAUGGAAUGCCAUUGUCGGAGUGAGCAGCUUGGAGCUUUACGGAAAGACUGGAACCGGCCUAGGCUUAAAUCCAUUGUCAACAGCAGGAGGAUCAUCGGGAUGGAAUGGCCACCGAGGAGAGCGCAUCCGGGGUGUCUUGCGAGAUGAAGUUCGCCGUCUGAACCCUAUGGACGCCAAAGAUUUUGCGCGCGAAACAAGUUUAGGAGAUUCAACAGGCGUCAUUCCUACGAGUGCCCGUUCAGCCACCGACAAAUCCAUCAGACUCUCCCCUGAGCCCCGGUUUCUGCUGUUGCGCCACUGGAGUUUGUAUGAGAGCAUGCUUCACUCACCCUAUCUUUCUGCUCGUCUCCACAUAUGGAGUGAUGCGGGACGCCGACGCCUCGACAAAUUACUUGCCAAGAUGGGUGUCAGUCUGACCCAGUGCAAGCAGAACUACACACAUAUGGACAUGGAGCUAAAGAGAGGCCUAAGGGAGCGAUUACUCCGCUUUGCCCCCGUUUACGGUCUUGAUGGUCUGGUUCCCCCUGCACCCCGCGGCAACGAUUCAAAAGACGGAUGGGGUUUCGUGCGUUCAUGGGGAUGGAAAGCAUGUCUAUCCGCCAUCGAUGCCAGUGUCAUACUGGGGGCCAUCCUCGAAGUCGGCGACGCAAAAUCCCUUACUGAGUCUGCCCUGGACUCCAAGAACUUCGUCGGCAGUCAAGACCACAACGAACAGGCGCAAGUCGACUGGAGAGAAAACCCAGCUCAAGAGCACAUCACAGCUCGUUUCUGGACAGCCUAUGACGCACUUAACAAUAUCGACCUCCUCGUCCGCCACAUCCACACAGCGCAAUACCUCCACAAAGCCAUCCUCCGCACGGGCACCGCACUCAUAGAGAAAAAACAGAUCCGCCACCUCCGCGCCUUCCGCAUGGCCGUCGUAAAAGAAGGCCCAGACGUCGAGCUCUUCACGCACCCUGGCGCUCUAACCAAACUCGCUCUCUGGAUCGCCGAAGCCAUUGUCGAGCUCAAUGGCACUAAGGGAAAAGGCAAGGGCUCAGAGCUCGUCAUGGCCGGCCUCGACGAGAACCGCGGUAAAUACAUCGUCGUCGGCCUCGGCGGCGGUGGUGCUGGCUCAGCACACACCACCCGUGAACUCAUUGCCAAACGCGACGCUAAACAAAAAGCUCGCGAGGCGAAGAAGAUGGCUCGGCUCGCCGAGCGCCAGAAGCGUCGUGAGCGGCGCCGUCUUCAGCGAGAGCGCGCUGGCGAGGACGUUGUAUCCGAGUAUGAAUCCGAGUCUGACGAGUCGGAAGAGGAAGAUGACGAUGAGACGGAAGAUGAAGACGAGACUGAGGAACUGCCCAAGGGUCACGGCCGCAAUAGGUUCGGGCAAGCAUUCCGCGAUAUUGCGGGCGAGCUGGGAGAUUCGGUCGGCGUCAAGCAGGACUCUUUCGAGGCUUGUGUCGUUGAAGUCAAGAAGGAGGAUUUAAGUGGGUUCUUGGAGAGGUUGAGUAUGCAGGUUGUUGUUACGGGGAUGGGACCUGCGGCGUGA